AUGAAAAAUAGCACCCCGAGAUGGAGCCAGCCAGGAGCCUCUCUCCACUGUGCCUGCCGGAACAGAAGCUUCUACAAGGGCCUGAGCCCGCCUUUGGCUGAGGGUCCCACCGCUGGGAAGUGGCAGGAGCGAGACUAGAUUCUGCGCGGCCAUCCCUCAGGGGUGGCCUCUCUGCCCUGGGCUUGGCUCAUGGUCCGGCAGCAGCCUUCAAGGUGGCCACGCCAUAUUCCCUGUACAUGUGCUCUGAGGGGCAGAACGUCAGCCUCACCUGCAGGAUCGCGGGUCCCAUGGCCAAAGGGCAUGACGUGACCUAUUACAAGACGUGGUACCGCAGCUCGCGGGGCGAAGUGCAGGUGUGCUCAGAGCGCCGGCCCAUCCGCAACCUCACGUUUCAGGACCUCCACCUUCACCACAGCGCCCACCAAGCCAACGCCAGCCAGGACCUGGCCCAGCGCCAUGGGCUGGAGUCCGUCUCCGACCACCACGGCAACUUCUCUAUCACCAUAUACAACCUGACCCUCGCGGAUAGCGGCCUCUACUGCUGCCUGGUGGUGGAGGUCAGACACCGCCACUCGGAGCACAGGGUCCACGGUGCCAUGGAGCUGGUGGUGCAGACAGACAAAGCAGCAUCGACGCAGUGCAUCGCGUACCCACCAUCGCCCAGGGAGAGUGAAAGCAUCACAGCUGCUGCCCUGGCUACCGGCGCCUGCAUCGUGGGCAUCCUCUGCCUUCCCCUCAUCCUGCUCCUGGUCUACAGGCAAAGGCAGGUGGCCUCCAACCGCCGUGCCCAGGAGCUGGUGCGGAUGGACAGCGGCAACACGCAAGGACUCGAAAAUCCUGGCUUUGAGGCCUCCCCAUCCUCCCAGACCAUGCCAGAGGCCAAACCCAAGUCUCCACUGUCCUACAUGGCUCAGCGGCAGCCUUCAGAGUCCGGGCGGCACCUACUCUCCGAGCCAGGCACUCCUCUGUCUCCACCAGGCCCUGGGGAUGUCUUCUUCCCAACCCUCGAACCCGUGCCUGACUCCCCAAACUCUGAGGCCAUCUAGACCAACUGGGGCCGGCGGGCAACUGUGGCUGGGCCUGGGGCAGGUGCAUCUGAGGCAGAGUCGACCUUCUUGAGUGGUCCCUUAGCCUUGACGCUGGUCCUGGUUUCCUCCCUCCUGACCUGAGCCCAGACUCUCUGAGAUACCUCUGAUGGCCAAACCCUCAACUCCUCUGGGUGCUACAGGGCAGAAGGGAGAAGGGGUUGGAUGGCUCAGCCCCUGUCUCAAAAGAUGGUGGGGUGCUGGGACCCCACCCCAGAGACCUGAACUUUACCAGCUACAAAUGCCAAAUGGCUUACAUCUGAGAAGUUCAAGAGUUUCCAGCCUAUGGCAGCUUCUCUCCCUGGGACAUGAACUUUGUGACCAGACAGCCCUGAUGGGACAAGAUGGGCACUGGACAGAACUCCUCUCCCCUCU